AUGGCAAAAAAAGCAAAUAAAGAACAAUCACCAAAAAAAACUUCACCUACAUCAUCACAAGGCUCGACUGCGACAAAGAAAAAAACGAAAACAUCUGAACCAGCAGGAACUGAUAUUAGAAAUUUCUUUGCAGUAAUUAAACCAUCAACUAGUGGUGAAAAUGUUAAAAAUGAUUUAUUUAGCAAAGCAAAAGAGGAUAGUAAUAAAGAAUUUUCAUUGUCAGACAAAGAAAAUGAUGAUGUUAAAAUCAUUAGCAACAAAAAAGAUACAACUAACAAUGAUAAAAAGAAGCCAUCAGAAAAUAAAUCACCUAAAAAGAAAGAACCAUCAAAAUCUAUUGAUUUAACUUCUGAUGAAGAUAAAAGUUCAAGUGAAGAAGAUAAAAAGAAACCAUCUUCAUCUUCUUCUAAAAAGAAACCAUCAUCUUCAUCUUCUUCUUUACCAAAUAAAAAAAAAUCAACAUUAAAAAGAUUAAAGAAAAAAAGAGAUGAUUCUUCAUCAUCAUCAUCAUCAUCAGAGUCAGAUUUUGAUUCAGGUUCAGAUUUAGAUAUAGAAUCAAUAGACCAAAAACCAAAAACGAUAACAAAAAAAAAGAAUUUAAAAAGAAAAUCAAAACCAGAUUCAUCCUCGUCAAGUGAGGAUGAAACUAAACAUCAAAAAGAUAAGAAAAUUAAAUUAAAAACACCUGAAAAAAAAAUAGAAGAACCUGAAAAGAAAGUAGAAAUACCAUCAUCAACUUCAUCAAUAUCAUCUUCUCAAAAGAAAAUUGUUUAUUCAUUUGAAGAUUCAGAAGAUUCAGAUGCUGAUAAACCGAUUCCACCUUCUAAAAAACCUUCAGCAGUAGUUGUAAAUGCACCCUCAACAAAAACAUUUGAAAAGAAAAAAGAAAAUACUGAUAUACCACCAUCACCAUCAAAAACAAAAGAAACAACUUCAACAACUACUGAUACAAAACCCAUAAAAUCACCAAGUAAAUCAAAUAAAAGUACAACACCAACAACAACAACACCAAUAACAACAGAAAAGAAAAAAAUAGCACAACUUGAAUUUGAAUCACCAAUAGUUUCAAUAACAGCAAUUGAUACAGAAAAGAAAAAAGAUGGUAAUAAAGAUAAUAAAAAUAAGGAAAAAGAUAAAGAUUCAUCACCAUUUGAUGAAAUGGAAAUUGAGGAAUCAAAAUCCAAAACCAUUAUGCCAAAUAAUAAUAAUAAUAAUAAAUCAAAAGAAUCAUCAAGUUCAACUACAAAUAGUAAAAAUAAUACAUCAAUGAAUGAUGAUUUAAUAUUUGAUGAUUUUGCGUUUUCACCAAUUAAAUCAGGUUCAAAUAAAACAACUCCAUCUAAAUCAACCUCUUCUCCAUCUAAAGAAACUACACCAAUUAAAACAAGAUCAAAAACUGUUGAAUCUAAAUUUGAUGAUGAUUCAAUAUUUGAUUCUCCUGAUAAAAAAACUACAACUACCACUGCCUCUAAUACAAAAACUAAAACACCUCCAUCAAAGAAAGAUAAAUUCAAUCAUGAUAUUAUUUUCGAGGAAAGUGAUACACCACUUAAUCGUGCUAUUGAAGAUUCUAUUGUAAAGAGAUCAUUGUCAGGCUUAAAUAAUAUUGAUAAAGAUUCAAAAACUACAACAACAACAACAACAGAAAAAAAACAAAAACUAAAAUCAGACCCAUUUGAUACUGAAACCGAAGAAGAAACAGAAGAUGAAGGUGAUGAACCAUUAUAUAAACAACAAUCAUCAUCAUUUGGAAGUGGUUCAAUUAAUCCAACCGCCACACCAACUACACCAACAAAGAAACCAGCAGCCACAUCAACAAAUGCAACACCAACUAAAAAACCAAAUCCAUUUAUGUACAUGAAUGGAAGACCAACACCACCAAAUAAAGGUUCAAAACCAAGACCUCAGGGUAAAGAAAAUUGUCUUAGAGGUAAAGUAUUUUUGGUUAGUGGUGUAAUGGAUUGUUUUGAAAGAGAUGAAAUGCAUGAUAUCAUUAAAAGAUGGGGUGGAAAAGUUGCAAAAUCUGCCGUUAAACUUUUGAACUAUUUAGUUAGUGGUAAAGAUGUUGGUGAAAAGAAGUUAGAGGGUGCUAAAAAAGUUGGUGCUAAAAUUAUUACUGAAGAUGAAUUUUUAGAAAUGAUCAAUAAAACUUUACCAAAACCAGUUUCGACAACUGAAACUACUCAUAUUUCCUUACCAACUCCAACUCCAACUCCAACUCCAACCCCAGCAUCAUCAUCAUCAUCAUCAACUACUACUACUACUACUACUACUACUACUACUACAAAUUCCACAGGAAUAAAGGGACCAUCAUUACCAGUGAGAUCUGGUAGUGGUGGAAGUUCAACAGGAAUUAAAGGACCAUCAUUACCUGUGAGAUCUGGUAGUGGUGGAACGACAUCAUCAUCACCACCUUUAACUUUUACGUCAUCACCUCCAACUUCAACAACCACCGCAACAACAACAACAACAUCAUCACCACCAAUUAGUAUGGCUUCGGUAAUUGUGCCAAAAUCAAUUUCAACAAUACCAAAAGGACAUGAUAUUUUAUGGGUAGAAAAAUAUAGACCAAAAGUAAUUGAAGAUAUAGUUGGUAAUCCAGGUAUUUUCCAAGAGUUUGGUAAAUGGUUAGAUCAAUGGAACUCUACAGCACCAAGAGAUGCAAGUAAAAAGAAUGCAGUUUUAUUAUCAGGACCACCAGGUAUUGGUAAAACUUCAGCAGCUUUAUUAAUUUGUAAGCAAAAAGGCUUUGAAGCAAUUGAAUUGAAUGCAAGUGAUGCAAGAAGUAAAUCAGAGAUUAAAAGAUUAUUAUCUGGUGUAUCAGAUAAUCAAAACAUUACCAAAUUCUUUGGUACAACCAAUCAAGACACUGGUAAAGAUGUACAAGCCAAUAAAAAGAUUAAAACUGCCAUUAUUUUAGAUGAAAUCGAUGGUUCAAGUGGUAACUCAGAUCGUGGUGGUAUUGCAGAGAUCAUUGGUUUAAUUAAGAAAUCAAAGAUGCCAUUCAUUUGUUUAUGUAAUGAUUACUAUAGUUCAAAGGUAACCUCUUUGAGAAACCAUUGUAUGGAUUUGAAAUUAAGGAAACCAACACUCAAUCAAGUCUCCUCAAGAUUAUUGGCAAUUGCAAAACAUGAAGGUAUGAAAGUGUCCUCCUAUAUGAUCGAAAAAGUUUAUACUUCAAGUCAUUCAGAUAUUAGACAAUCUAUAAAUACCCUUCAAAUGAUGUCUCGUUCAAAGAGAGAUUAUAACAAUGACAAUGUCACUCAAAGCCUUCAAGAGAAAGAUUUCGAUAUCUCUCCAUUCACAGCCGCUGAAUUAAUCCUUCGUGAAGAUAAUAGUAAUAUCAAUAAGAAAUUGGAUUAUUUCUUCUCUGAUUUCUCUUUGGUACCAUUAAUAAUUCAAGAGAACUAUUUAAAAACUAGACCUUAUGGUGGUGGUAGUCAAUCAAAAUAUAAUGAUUGUGAAUUGAUUUCAAUGGCCGCCGAUGCAUUAAGUGAUUCCGAUCAAUUUGGAAGAGCCAUAGGUAAGGAAAUGGCUUGGAAUUUAUUACCAACUUAUGGUGUCACCUCUUGUAUUAUUCCAUCGGGUUAUAUUAGAGGUAGUCCACCAAUGCCAUUGUCUUUCCCUUCUUACCUUGGUAAAUAUUCAAAUGCUUCAAAACAACAACGUUUCGUUAGAGAAUUACAAUUACAUAUGAGAUCAACCAGUAAUACAUUUGUAAAUCGUGAUGAAACUAGACUUUACUAUGUACCAAUGUUAAAACAUCAUUUAAUUCAACCUUUGGUUCAAGAUGAUAAUGAUGGUAUUGAAAAUGUUAUCAAUGUAAUGGAUGAAUAUGGUUUAACUGAAGAUGAUAGAAAUAACAUUAUCGAACUUUCAACAUGGGGUAAAGAGGAUCCACUAAAAGAUGUUAAAACUCAAGUUAAAUCUGCAUUCACUAGAAAAUUCAGAAGUACCUCCCAUGCAAUCUAUGAUGUUUCAUUAUUAUCUUCAAAGGGUUCUGGUGGAGGAGGAACAAAUAUCGCUGAAGGUUAUGAAGAAGUUGAAGGUGAAUCUCAAAAUCAAAUUGAAGAAGAAGAUGAAGAAACUGAAGAAAAAGAUUCUCUUCCAAAUUUAGUUAAAAAAUCUUCGGUUAAAUCAAAAUCAGAUACAAAACCAAAAUCAACAAAAUCAAAAUCAACAACAACAAAAUCUAAAAAAAAAUAA